UUUCAAGAAAUCAAAUACAAGCGCACCUUGAACAUAUAUUUAAUAAAUAUAACUGGUGGUAUUUAACAUUCGAUUAAUUUCGAUUGGCAAGACAAUAGAAUUCAUGAUUAUUGCAAAUCGUAAUUUUAUGCUGCCAAGCGAGUUAUGGAAGAAGACAAUCAUAAUAAUAAGAUCCAUAGAACGAUUGAUAUCGAUGCACAAAACAAAAUCAUCUUAAGUUUACGUCAGCAGCAAAAGAGCGCAAACGCCAAGCAGCCUGCCCAGGAACGACUUAAACGUCUGCAAUCAAAUUUAAAACAAUUGAAAGACAGAAAAGUUGACAAUGAACGAGUCUUGGCCAAACGAAGUAGCACAAACUGCAGCAAUUCUGCCAGCACGAGCUCUUCUGCCACAUUUCACACAAUGUGUAAAGCAUAUGAGCCCAGGCAGUCGAAGGGCUUAGUGCAGCACUCUCUGAAGAUUACAAAAACGCAACUGCCAGUGCACAGCUGCAGUCCAAGUUCACGCAUUUCUGUUAAGGAUGCCUGGGCGAAGCCCAAGGCGUUGCUUGAUGCAAGCAAUCGACUAGAAAGGAAUCACUCCAUAAGUGCCAAUCAACGUCUUAUGAUGCUACGCGAGUCACUGCAGCUGCAGCAGCCGCAGUCGCAGCAAAAGGAGGCGAAUAACAACAUUAAUAAAAGUGACGCAAUCGGCAAGCAGCUGCCAGCUACAACUGCCACAAGCAACGUCAAGGCAACCCCUUUACCAAGUUUAAAGCACGAUGUGGAACCCAUGGACAUAGACUGUCAAGAAGGGGAGGAGGAGCAGGAGGUGGAAGAGGAGGAGGAGGAGGAGGAGAAGGAGAAGGAGAAGGAAAAGGAAAAGGAAGAGCAGCAUGUCACCAGCUCUGCAGUGUUUGAUUUAAGAACGAAUAACAAUCAGAGCCAACUGGAAAGUAAAUCAGAUCUGACGCUACAAAGGCUUCUGGGUACUGGACAGGAGUUGCCCGCGCGUUGUGUGGAUCACAUGUACUUUGUGCUGGACACAAAUGUGCUAAUGGAUAACCUUGUCUUUGUGGAGGACCUGUGUCAUGUGGCAUUAGGCGAAACAAAGGGCAGCAUGCUGUAUAUACCAUACAUUGUCAUCAAGGAGCUGGACAAGCUCAAGGACACACGCAAUGAGGACAAACUAAAGCGUACAAAAGCCAUACGGGCCAUACACUAUCUAAAUAAGAAGUUUGACAAUAGGCUCAAAAUUCAAGGCCAAUCUGCGCUGGAGGAGGCGAAUCAUUUGAUCGAUGUUGAUUGCCCGGAUGACAGCAUUGUGAACUGUUGUCUGCAGCUGCAGUCAGAGGUGCCGCAUCUGAUGCUUCUGACCAACGACAAUAAUUUACGCCUCAAGGCCAACGCCUCAGCUAUACAAGUGUCCUGCCGUUCCGAUUUGGUAAAUGAUUAUCGUUCCCAGUUCGAUGCAUUACCCUCAUCAUAGCUUACGUCCAUGGAGGACGUUAGUCGAAGAUUGCGUUUGUGAUAGAUGUGUAGAUUGAACCACCACUGCACCGCUGACAACACGAAGUACAAUUUGCCUAUGCACACAUAAUAUAUUUAUAAAAAUAUAAAUAAAUUUCAUGUAUAUACAUUCACAUAUCUAGCUACUUAUGUAAAUAGACAUAUACGUAUAUAUUUAAUUCGUAUUUAAAUAGACGACUCACAGACUUAUAAGCAAUAAACUUUAUACAA